AUGUGGUUUUGUAUAGAACAUCAUGCAGAUAAACUUAUUUUGAUUAUCAAAAUUUUCUUUAGUUUGGGUGGAGAAUCUGGCUGGAGUAGCCUGCAUAGAGCACUUCAUUUUGGUCACCUAUGUAUUGCUGGUGUUCUUUUACAGUUUGGUGCUUCCCUCGCUUUGGAGGACACUAGGGGCCGUACACCUGUUGACCUUAUCUCCUGUCCAGUAUCACAGGCCAAUGGAGAUUUUCCAGAUGCAGUUUCAACGGAAGUCUUCAGUUGGGGAAGUGGGACAAAUUAUCAGCUGGGAACUGGCAACGGCCACAUACAAAAACUACCAUGCAAAGUAGAAGCUUUGCAUGGAUCAUAUAUCAAAACAGUUGCUGCAUCAAAGUUUCACAGUGUAGCAGUUAGUUCUAAUGGUGAACUAUACACAUGGGGAUUUGGUCGAGGUGGUCGUCUUGGUCAUCCAGAUAUUCACAGUGGACAGACAACUGUUGUGAUUACCCCUCGCCAGGUGACAGUAGGAUUAGGUCGUAAACGAGUUAGUGUUGUGGCUGCAGCCAAACAUCAUACUGUGAUUGCUACAGAGCUGGGGGAAUUGUUUACCUGGGGAUCAAAUAGAGAGGGUCAGCUUGGUUACCCUUCUGUUGAUACCCAACCAACACCAAGGCGUGUUGGUUCGCUCAAGCAAAGGAUAAUUUCAGUAGCUGCUGCAAACAAGCACUCCGCUGCAGUUGCUGAUACUGGCGAAGUAUUAACCUGGGGUUGCAAUAAGGAGGGCCAACUAGGAUAUAGCACUUCAAACUCAGCAUCAAACUGUAUCCCAAGAAUGGUGGAGUACUUGAAAGGAAAAGUACUUAGAGGUGUUUCUGCAGCAAAGUAUCAUACAAUAGUGUUAGGAGCGGAUGGAGAGGUAUUCUUUGAAUCUUGAUUUUUACACAUUGUUCUUGCAUUAUGAGAAUUGAACACAUCUAUUGAUUUAAUCCUUUUUUUAAGGUGUUCACUUGGGGCCAUCGCCUUG